UUGGUAACAAGUGAUAUAAUUUAAUUGAUACAUUGUAUUCACAUAUGGUACUAAAAUAAUCAACCAUAUUUUAUAACUAAAUAUCCUAUUACAUACCUAUUAUAAUAAACAUGAUAUAAUAAAGUAUAGAAGAAACAAAAUGUAAAUUUUACACUAAAGUAGAAGCAUAGUGAAUAGUCUUUACGUAAUGUUAAUAAUAUACAUUUUGAUGCCCAUAAUCUGUUGUUUGCGUCGCAGUUGAAUAUGAUUUAUCAGUUUGUAACAACAUAAGGAAGGUAUUUACAGACCUUUCAAGAUUCUGUGUAUAUUAUUGUGAUUACAUUACCUUGGUAUACAACUAACUGCACACGAUUAAUGGAUCAAGCAAAUUACGUUAUCGAUCGCAUAAAAGAAACUUGAUGGCUAGUUACAUUUUUCUACCAAACAGAUGCGUGUCAUCAAAAUUCUGAAGAAUAAAGCAUACUGCAAAUUUAGAUGUUGAGUUUGAUAUUAAUUAUUCUCCCCUAGUGCAUAGUGCUAAUUUUUGAUACACUUUAAAGGAUAAACAAACAAUUCACAUCAUUUAUGUUAUUUUAUAAAUUAAGUUGGAGGAGGGAAAGGUGUUGGGAAUUCACAUAAAUUGUAGUAUACAUUUGUUUAUUCUUUGAUAAUAAUAGUACAUUGUCAUCUUUUAACAAUGCAUUGUUAACAACAUAUAAAUGUGUCAUAUAAAAGGAAAUACUUAUUUUAAAUAUUUUGAAGGAUUACUUUAUGUUGGGUAAAUAUUGAUAUUAAACUUACUAUCAACAGAGUAAUGGGCUAAAAAUGAAGCUUUAUAAGUUGAUAGUACAUCAAAAAACCUUUAGUGAAGAAGACCUUAUAAUCAAUCCAAAAGAUCAUCCAGGUAUAAAAACUGGAGAUGUUGUCGAAAUUUAUCAUCCAGAGGUUGAAUUCAGCCGUCUUCUACUGCAAGUUACAUCCUUCAAAGAAGAUUUACAAGGGCGUGAAACGAUUAGUGUGGAAAAUAAUGUAGCAACAAUGUUCCAACUAAGAACGUUUGGGGAUGUCUAUAUGAAUAUUGUAAAUCCGGAUGAUGUAGCUUUGGAUUCUGUUGAACUUACCUUCAAAGAUCAAUAUUUGGGGCGUAGUGAAAUGUGGCGGCUGAAAAACAGCUUGGUCAACACUUGUGUAUACAUGAACAAAAAAAUUGAAUUUUGCGGAGGUAGCAUAAGAUGUCAGGUGUACGAGAUGUGGUCACAAGGAGAUCGUGUUGCUUGUGGUGUUAUAAAUAAUGAUACUAAGGUUGUAUUUCGUUCUUCAACAAGCAUGGUAUACCUCUUUAUUCAAAUGAGUUCAGAAAUGUGGGAUUUUGACAUUCAUGGUGAUUUAUAUUUUGAAAAAGCAGUUAACGGCUUCUUAGCGGAUUUAUUUCAAAAAUGGAAAAAGAAUGGUAGCAAUCACGAAGUAACAAUAGUUCUAUUUUCAAGAACAUUUUACAAUGCUACUAGUUUGGAAGAAUUUCCAAAUCAUAUGCGCGAAUGUUUACAACAUGAUUAUAGGGGAAGAUUUUAUGAAGAUUUCUACAGAGUGGUUGUACAAAAUGAAAGAUUCGAAGAUUGGAGCAAUGUAUUGGUUCAAUUACGUAAACUGUUUACAGAUUAUCAAAAAAUUGUAUUAGAAUAUCAUCAGAAACCAGGUGAUAUUAUACCAAAAGCAGUAAAUUCAACAGCUGCACAAGGAAAUUUUUUAGAAGUUUUAAAUAUGUCAUUAAAUGUGUUUGAAAAACAUUAUUUAGACCGUAGUUUUGACAGAACUGGUCAAUUAUCAGUGGUAAUUACACCUGGUGUAGGCGUUUUUGAAGUUGAUAGAGAAUUAACAAAUGUUACAAAACAGAGAAUCAUUGAUAAUGGUGUUGGUAGUGAUUUAGUAUGUGUUGGAGAACAACCAUUACACGCAGUUCCUUUGUUAAAGUUUCAUAAUAAAGAUACAUCCAUAAAUGCACCUGAUGACUAUAGUAUGCCACAUUGGAUUAAUCUCAGUUUUUACUCAACAAAUAAAAAAAUUCCUUAUUCAACAUUUAUACCCCGCAUAAAACUUCCUCAGAGGGUGUCAAAACAAUCAGGAAUAGAAAAUGGAAAAUUACAAUGUAAAAACAAACUUUUGCAGGAAGAUCCAAGGGAAUGUUUACAUAAUUCUUUAUUCGACUAUGAUGCAUAUGAUGCUCAAGUUUUUCAGUUACCCUCUGUUCAUACUUCCAGUAGUCUACAACGAGUUACAACUAGGACAAAAAAGACAAGUGUUGCUAGCAUGGAAACACAUAAUAAUGCACAUAUACUAAAACUUUUAAAAAGAAAAAUGUCUGACCCUGAUAUUCAUCAUCCACCACCUGAAUUACAUUCAACUCCAAUAGCUGCAACAAGAAGUGCAGCAAUCUCUAUACCUUACAGAACAGAUGAUAUUACCAGUAGCGAAUCAAAUGGAGAGAUUAAUGAAUCAAGAACAUCAAUCAAAAGUGAUUUAACAGAUUCAGAAAUAUCACCACCCUUUAGACCAGUUGUUGGUAGUGCUGGGAGUCCAACAAAUACAAUAUCUCAACCAACGAAUAUUAUCAGACCUAGUAGAGCACUUAUUAAUCCAUUUGACCCUUCUCAUGUUACAAUAAAACUUACUAGUAAUAGACGAAGAUGGACACAUAUUUUCCCCAAAGGACCAACUGGCGUACUAAUACAACAACACCACUAUCAAGCUGUACCAGCACAAAUGUGUUCACAACCACAUUCCGAUGUUAUUUCUACUGUAAGUGGAUCACCUAUGGAACAUACUGAAAUCUCCAGUACAAAUCAAUUCCAAGAUCAUAUAAAAAAUAAACCACAGAAACUAAAUCUAUCUUUGUCAAGUAGUGAUAAAGGUGGAAAUCCAAUAUCUUCUACAGGAAAUAAAUCUUUAACAUUGUUAUGGGGUGCUACUGGUGAACAGGAGUGGACACCAGCACUAACUACAGCAAUCAUAGGUGUCGAUUGGAAAUCGCUAACAAUUCCAGCAUGUUUACCUAUAACUACAGAUUAUUUCCCAGACAAAAGGAGUUUGCAAAAUGAUUAUGUCGUUUCGGAUUAUAAUCUUUUACCGGAUGAUGUAAAUACAGAUUUUGCUCAACAACGAGCGAUAUAUAAGAAACCUUUAACAACUGCAGAAGUGUUUAAAGAGCUUGUGUCACAACGGCUAGCACAGGGUUUUCAAUUGAUCAUUUUACCUACAAAUAAUAAAAAUCAAAGUAAUACACCUGGUAGUGCAGUCCCAGCAAUAAGUUCUGUGAUGCGUGGUCGGCAAACAGAAUCAGAGCCCAAAGAAGAGUAUUUAUUAAGUAUCGGUAGAAUUUUCCAUAAGAUAUCCUUAUUCGAUAACAGUAUAACGGUUACAAGAUAUCGACCAAGGCAUCCUUACCCACCAUUUAACAUUCAUUACCGUUAUCGUUUUCAUGCACCGCAUCAUGACACAUAUGAAGUAUCGUGGGUGUCUUUUACAACAGAAAAAUUAGAAAAUUAUAAUUGGAAUUAUUUAGAUCAUUAUAUAUGUACGAGAGGUCACACUGAUUUCGCUUUAGUGGAGGCUCUUAAAUAUUGGAGGUUUCGUGUAUUUUUACUGCCUUUGCACAAUUCAGUAAAUCGGAAAUUUGUAGAUGGAUCAUCGAGAUGUGAUAUAUAUACACCCCUCACAACUUCAGAACAGAACCCUUCGAGUCUAGGUGGUGUUCCCCCAAGAGAUCCUGCCUCUCAUUUGACCAGACGCAGGCACAGCACGAGCCUGAUAGUCCUCACUAACCAGACCAGUCUAGUUGGCAGCUCUCCCUUCAGGGAGCGACUUGGAAGCAAUCGUCUACCAGAGAAACCGAGACCAAGGUCAGGCUCUAAAAUUAUGGAUAGGGGCCGAAUCUCACCAGCUAGCGAAGCUGUAUUGCCCCUUUCACUCGAACAACAACAGGAUCACUUUGAAUCUAACGAAGACAGUACAAAUAUGGAGAUGAUGAAGAUAAAAAGUACUGCACCAAAUAAUGAAAUUCUAGAAGCAAUGAAACAUUCCCAGUCUGGCGUAGGGUUCCUUACGCAACAUCCAUCGCUUCCAAGUCAGACAUUUGUUAGCGCGGAUGCGGUGCAGUGGUUAAACAAUCACAUAGAGGGAGGGGUAACAGUUGAUGGCGCUAUUAAUAUUAUGAAUGGAAUGAUUCAAGAUAAAUUGAUCUGCCAUGCCUCUGGUGAUUUUUCUAAGCCAUUUAUUUUAGGAUUUUACUUAUACCAUGUAGUACAAGAUAAAGAAAAUCAAAGGGCAACAGAUUGUUUUUCACCCACUGGCGACUUACAAAGUUUUGAGAAUGAAUGGGUAGAAGUAGAAAUAAAAGCACCGAAAAGUUGGUGUGAACCUACUUCUAUAGGAGCUUUUCCAACAAUGUCGUCUCCAAUAAAUAUACCUUGCUGCGAUACAGUUGACGAGUCAAAUGUGCCAUCGUUUCUUAAAGACGACUUAGACUUAAUAGAUUAUACACACGACCCAGAAUGGCGAGCACCACCAUAUAAGCAUACUCAUUUAGACAUCGACAUAAAUAAUAAGAGCGAUAGAAUUGAAUGGGGUCACUUAAGAUAUCAGUCUAUAUACAAAGUGGAUCAUUCUUAUGAACUCGUGGUACAAUGGGUAGCAUCAUCUGGCAGCAUAGUUGCCGAUCUUAUUUUCGUGUGGCAACGGAAAGCUCAAAUGUGUGGUAUUCAUAUGGUUCCUAUUCCUAGUGAUCUACUGGCUUUACCAUUUACUUUGAAAAGCGAUCCUCUAAGAGGGCCUAUAUUUAUACCACUCAAUACGGAAUGUCUUAUGACAAAUAAGCAACCUCUUUUUGAAGAGUUUCGAGAAGAGACCUGUGCACAACGACUCUUUCUCUUCCAAGAAGCAAUUGUACAAAGAUUUGGCUUCAUUCCAUGUCUUAUAGAAAGCACAGAAAAUGAUCACCAGUACGUCCAUAUGACUGGGAAUGCAUUUAUCCUUAUUCCUUCUACAACAAACACAAGGUUUCGUCCCAGAACGUCUACAAAUGUUGUGAGACGAAAUACAGGACAAAAAGGAUAUCCAGUUCAUCCCGAUCAGCCCAGUCCACAUGAGGCUUACAUCACAAGACAUGUUAGCGGGAAAAAUAAAAAUGAUUAUAGCAUGGAUAGAAGGAUUGGAUUUCUUUGGUCGUGGAACCAUAUGGUUAGUCGGAAAUGGAAGUUAUCAUAUACGCUGGCUGGCGAUGAAUUAUUUCAAAAGAAACUUAUUCAAGAUUUUCGACACUUUUGUUCGAAUGGAGAUAAUAGACUGAAAUAUUUCUGGGAAUGUUGUUGGGAAAUAAAAGAAAAAUCGGGCACACGGACAUUUUAAGGCACCGACUGAAAUAUCAAAUGGACAAUGUUUCAUAAGCUUACAUUUUCGUUAUGAUAGCGAAAAAAUUUAUUUUUGCCAUAAUUAAUUGUGUAUUUCUUUUAAAUUGUAACAUAUAUUUGUGAUACAAUUAUUAUUAUUACGAUAGUAAAGAAAGUAUGUACAAAUUGAAAAUACUAUUGCUAACGUUUAAAAUUGUUGUAAAUGAAUUAAAAAAAUUUUUUUGUAAUAUACAUUGACGAGUUUACUUUAAUUUGUAUAAGGCAGAUAUUAUUUUUACAAAAUUAGAAAUAAUAAAUUUAUAAUUUUUAUUACCCGUUCGUGUAUUUCUAUUUUAAACGUUAAGUCAUAUUGAAGUAAAACAAUUUUUCUUCUUAUUCCGUCGGAAAUUUUUACAUGUGUCAGUGUUAACAAAAAGUAUCACGUUUACGAAUCUCUACGGAUGUAACGAAUUGUACUAAAUUCAGAUAUAACUAAGUACGUUUUAGUCUCAACUUAAAAUAUUGAGAUUAUCAUUGUUAUUAUAUUUAUCCGCAUGUACAAAAUAAUUAUAUUUAAUAUAUUAUGUCA